AUGAAGCCGUCUUAAUUCCUCUAUUCAGAAUCAAUUAAGGAGCAGAAGGCUCAGAAGGCAAAUGUAACAAAAGUAAAUUAUUAAUUUGAUAAAUAUAGUCGAUUGGAGAGUUGAAACCUUUGCCUAAGACAGCCAAUGCUCCAAAGGAUUAAAAUUCAUCGAUGAUAUACUCUUUGGUGAGUUUACCAGUGUAAGAGACUUCAUUUAUUUCAUAGAAAAGAAGGACAGAAUGACACUGUAGUUUUCCCACAAUCGUUAAUUUCUUAAUCCAUGAAUAUAAAGCCACAAGUGGUUGUUGGCAAAAACACAGAGAUCGCUAGAAGCCUGAAAAAACUGAAGCCCUUAGAUAGUUUAGAAGCUACUCCUGAAUCAGUACCACCAGGGACUGGGAAAGGAGUUGGUGGAGAAUAAUAACAAUAAUUGCAAGGACCCAAACUUUAAGUUUAUUUGAAGUCAUUAAAUUAAUUGACAAAUGGUCAGUUCAAGAAGACACAAACACAAUUGUUAUUUGGAUCCAUUGAACCAAAGCUUAACAAUAAUACUGUGUUAUGUGUAUUGCGUAUCCAAAAACUUAAAUUUUUCAAUGAAUAUAACUAGAAGAAUGAGAAGGUAUAAAUGACUAAAUCUAUAUAAGAUUCCUUCAUUGUUUUGUUGGGAGGCUAUCUAUCGCAAGAAGAGCUUAAUGAAGACGACUCCAAAAGAAUUUGAUGCAGCUUAACAAGAUCUGUUAGAUUUUGUAUACACUAGAAAUGCCUAUGAGCCAGUAGAUAUAAUAUUAUGGAAAAUAAAGAAUAAUGAUGAAGUAAUUUAUUUCUUAAACAUAAGAAAUACGUUGGACAAUUUGAUAUAUCAAACAACGACUAUUAAAAUGCAAGAGAAGUCCUUGAUUUUAAAUCAAAAAUCAUUUGUGAAACUCAAAUUGAGAAGGAAAUGUUCAAAACCAUGAAAUAGACAAAAUCCUAUAUUGGUAAUGUCUAGUUCUAAUUAAUUUAACUUGGUCAUGAGAAGAUCCCAUUAAGUAUUGAAAUUAUACUAUUAUCAAGAUAAACACUCUGGAAUUCCAGGAUCUCCAAGAACUGAAGAAGAAAAGGCUAGACACAGAAUCAUAGAUGCUGCAAUGUCAGGCUAAGAAUACAGAUGGUAUGUAGAUGAGAAUGGCAAACUUUUAAUAGAGAAGAUCGACAAAGUCUCAUAAGAGAUUGUUGCUGAAUGUAGUAUUGAAGUAGUUGCUGAUGAAUGUGGACAAUUACAUCUAGUUUACGAAGAAAAAUAUACAGAUCCAGAUAAAUAUGGUAGAUCCAGACCAACAUCAAGAAAUAUGAGAAAGCAACAUGCUGAUGCUACAAUGGCAUUGAUUAAAGAGUUGGAUAAAAACGGUGCAUUUACUGAAGUUUAGACAAACAUAAGAAAUCUUAGUAGAUAAGGGAGAGUAACAAGAAAGGUUAUUGAAGAGGCCUUGUAUACAAUGGGUUGUACUGCUAAUUAAUUGCUAUUGACUGAAUGCUCAGAAUUUGGUGAUUGUUUAAUGGACUUUUUACUUGUUACAGAUGAUCUAGCAGGAGUAUUGGAAGCCAUGUAGGAAUUGAAGAUUGUUGGAGAGGAAGACUAGAAUUUAGAAAGUUUCUCCAAUAAUUUAUUCUAAAACAUUGGAUAACAUUUGAGGAAGAAUACAAAUCUUAAAUCUGUUGUUUAGUUUAUCUUAGCAUUAGAAAAGAAGCCUGAAGUUGCACUAUUGAUUUAAAAUUAUUCUUAUGCUCCGGAAAAUGUAUUAUCUAAUACACCGCCCUUUUUACAGAGUAAUCUAUUAAUUAAUGUUGUUUUUAGAUUUUGAUCCAAAAAAUUACGAACAUGUUAUGGUGUUGAGUAAAUUAAAUAAAAUGAUUCAGAAUUUUAAAAUAAAUACUAAAUUCACAAGAGCCUUGAAGAAAGCACAUGUUGAAGCUAAGAAGUCUAUUUAUUUUGAGAUUCCAUGCUUCCCAAAAAAUAAGGAUUUGGAUGAUAAAUCAGACUCCUUGUAAUUGAAGUAAAUGGGAUAGAAUAUUAUGCAUGAAGUAGUAAGAAGAUAAAAGUGGAAUAAGAGUCAUAUCAUUUUUGAGAAUUAUUCUGAAUGGUUCUUUGUAGCUGAUGAAUAAGGUUCUACCCCAUUUUCUAGAAUGUUGGAAGUAGCACCAUUUGAUGUUAUCAAAUCUCUUUUUGCAGCUUAUCCUGAUUAGUUAAAAAGUAUUUUCAGCAAGUUUGAUCCAAAUUAAGAAUUAUUUGAAGGAAGAGUGCCUAAAGUUGAGAAAAAGAAGGAUGAAUAAAAUAAAGAUAAUUAAGGAGGUGAUGGAAAUGAUGGAGGCGAUGGAGGUGAUAAUGGUGAUGGUGGUGAUGAUGGUGGCGAUGGUGAAGCCAAAUAAUAAUAAGAAAAAGAAAAAGAAGAACCUUCGGAAGAUGAUCUAUAUAAAAAAGGAAAAGAAAAUUAAGCAGCCAGAAAGGCAUUUGAACACUUCACAAUGUAAAAGGAAUAUAAAAAAAAUCUAAUUCAUUGUCUACUCUUAAAUCCAGAUUUGAAUCAAAGUGAUUUAUUGGAUCUCUUAAGAAAUAUUGAAUUAUUGGUGAAUGAAUCAAAUGAAUCUAAUUUUGAGACAUUAAAAACCCAGAAAUUAAGAGCUGGAGAUUUUACUCCUCUAGGAUUGUACUUAGAAUUACUGAGAUCAAAAUGCAAAAAGAAGUUGGAUAGAGUUUAAAGGGAAAUUGGUACAUCUCUUUUCAUUUGCCAAAUGUUGACUCCAAAUAUUGAUGAAGAGGAGAAUAAUUAACAAUAAGAAGGAUAAGAAUAACAAUAGGAAUAGAAACCAAAAUCAUCAUUUGUUUGGGAUAGAUAAAAUCAAUAUGUGAUUUCUUAAAUAAUUGGGAAAUUACCUGAAACUUUAUUCUAAUAAUUUGAUGAUCUAUUCAGGUUCAUAAAAUGGAUUCCUCCAUUUGAAGAAUUAAAAACAAUCAGAUAUAUCAACUUACCUUAUCGCUAAUUAAUCAAACAUAAGUAAUAACAAAAGUUGUUUGCCAUCUUAUAAUAAAUGUACGAUGAAAUCAAACAAAAUUAAAAUUACGAUCCAGCAGAUGCAGAUUCAGAAUAAAACCAAAAGAUUCUUUACACAAUCCAAAUCUGGACAUUGAUGCUAUUAGAGAUCAGAAAUCUCAGAUCAUAAAGACUUGAAUAAGUAGCCUCCCAAUUAUUAUCUUAAUUAAGAGAGUUCACUUAAUAAUACAUUGAAUUGUUGGUCUUACCUAUGCCAAAAAAUAUUACAUCUUCAUAUUACCCCUUAUAACAUCAAUAUGAAUCCGAUCCAAAUACUAUUCUCGAGUUCUUCAAUGCCAUUAAAUUCAAUAUAUUAUUGACAGAUCUCCCUGUGUAAAGUUUGGAUAAACUGGAUGUUAAAUAGUUGGCUAAAGCUUUGUCUAAAUGCAAGGAUAAAGAACCAUUAAGAGAUUUAAUAAGAUUGGUAUUAACAAAGGAUUAAGGAAACUAAAAUGCUGGAGCAGAAGAAUAAGAAUAAGUGUAUGAUCGCAAAUAGUUUGAAUUGGCAGUAGAUUCUAAUGUGAUUUUUAAUGAUGAAGAUGGAUCUUAUAGACAAUUGCUUGAUAAAAAGUAGGUUGAACAAUUAUUAUUAACUUAUAAAGCAGAAAAGUUAUUGCCUUUGUCAAAUGGCUAAACAGAUAGCUUUAGUAAUCAUGUUCAUGGAAUUAUUUUGAAUUCAUUCCAAACUAGAAAGUCUGUUGGUGUUACUUAGUAAUAAGUAGCUUUAUGGAUACGAAAUAAUGAAUCAAAAAUAGAUUAAAAAUGGAAAUACAGAUACAUUGAUUUCUUCAGAUCAAAUAUGUCUAUGUAAUAAAUUCACACUUUGAUUGAUAUUGAAAUUCCAAAACCCAAGAAAACAUACCAUAAUUAAAAUAAGAUUUAUCCUUAUGUAUAAGCUUAAGGUAAGAAUUGGGCAUCGAUAUUGGAUGUGAGAAGAUUCAUCUCUGCAAUCAAGGAUAACAUUCAAUACAUCAACAUUGAAAACACUCUAAGAUCGGUUGCUCUUAAUGGACAAUAUGAGAAACUAGAAUAAGUGUUACCAUAUGUUAAGGAUGCAUAAAUCAUCAGAUAAACUAUCCAUCUAGUUGCAAACAUUGCCAAUUUGUAAAUAUUCACCCCCAAAUCCUACCUUUCAUUCAGAUAUUAUAAAAAGCCACAACCAAAAGAUGAUGAAGAAGAAUAGAAUGUUGAAAGUGAUAACAACAAACCAGAUGAUGGAGAUGGAGGAGGUCCAUAAUUAAUUUCUUCUUAAAAUUAGCCUGAAUCUUAGAAAUAAUAAUAAUAGAAGAGUCAAGAAAAGAAAAAGAAAGAAGCUGAACCUGAUAGUGCUAGUAAAUACUUAGACAUUGCCAGUGAAUUUUAAGUGAGAUUAUAUGAUCCAACUGUUUAUUUCUUUAAGACUGCUAUCAAGGAAAAGAAAGAGAAGUAUAAAGUUGAUAUUCCCAAAUUCCCUGAAGCUUUGGAUUAGAUUAGAACUCCAUUGUCUGUCUAAUCCUAAUUAAAUGAAAUGACUCAAUCAAUUCAAUUAGAAUUUGACGACUUUUUUAGAACUCAUUUUACAAAAAACGAAAGAUUGAAUUUGAAGAAGUUUGAAUCUAACUUUGAAAAAGAUGUGUUAAUGUUUAGAUAUCUAAAGGAUUGGAAAUCAUCAUUAUAAAGAUAAAACUUUAGGUCAGUAUUCACCUAAUAUGAUUAAGGAACUGGGUAACAAUCAUAUAAGAAAGUGUUAAACUAAUUACUUAAAUAAUACCAAAGAUAUGGAAUGCCAAUUUGUGAUAGUUUCAAUGAGUUUGAAAAGACUUUGGAUGUCUUGAUGAUCUAUGGAAUUCAAAACAUGGAUUAACUCUUAUUCUAAGUAGCUUCUAGUAAGAUGACACCUAUCGAAAAGAACAAGAUAUUACUUAAUUUAGUUUAUAGAGUGGUCGAUCCUGGAACCUCAGUAUUAGCAUAACAUUAUCAAAUUAAAAAUGCAAAUACCUAUUUGUAACAAAUUAAUAGAAUUAUCAAAUCUGUGAAUAUUAAAUUAUUAUCAGGAGAACAGGAUGUAGAAGAAUUUUAAGCAAAUGCCUUGUCUAAAAUUCAAAGAACUAUGAGAUAUCUAAAGCCAGACAUGGCAAACGAUAAGAAAGUCAUUAUUUUUAAAUUGGCAAGUGAAGUCUUGUAAAGAUUUGAUUAAUUGGAUAUUAAAUCUUUGUUUGAAAAGGAAUUAAUUGAAAUUUCAGAACUCAUCAAAACUAGAUAACUUAGAGACAAAAAUUUAUAGGUUCUAGCAUCAAAAUAUGUUAAAUCAAAGGACGAAACCAAAAGGUUGAAUCAAAGACCUUAUUAUAAAGAUAUUAUUGCUUCAUUUAAAAAACGAAGAUUGGAUGAAGUAUUAUCCACAAUUGAUCUAACAUAGUAUAUUAAAAACUAUUCAGAUGCUUAGUGUGAAGAGAUUGUUACAGAGUUAUUUAAAUUACCAUACGAGAAAAGUUACUUAAAAGAAUUAUUGGAAAAAUUUAAUAGGAGAUUAUUUGAAAGUCUCAUGUUUCAUAGGAGAUUCAGAACAUAUACUAAAUUGAUAAAUGAUAUUCUAUUUAAAUAAAUUUUGAAAGGAAAGGAGUUGGCCUUUGUUCCCUUUAUAACAUAAGGUUAAAACCAAACUGCUAAAUAAGUCAAGAAGUAGGAAGGGAAUAAUGAGAAAGCUGAUGCUUAAUUGGAGAUAGUUUAGGCACAACCUGUUAACGAAGGUGGGGAUGAAGCGGAACUUCUACGUGAUGGAAAAGAUGAAGAUAGUACGAAAUAGGAUUCCUUGAGUUAAAUUGCUGCUUAUUUCUGUUUUUAUGAAUACUUUGAUACUUUACAUAGGUUCAGGGUUAAAGUACAAGAUGUUGAACCCUACACUUCAUUCAGAUUUAUGUUACAUACUAAUGAGCAACUUUUAUAAUUGGCAACUCAAUUUGAAUAACAAGGAUAUAAUUAUAUUAGUAAUUGCAUCAGAAUGUAUAGAUAUUUGAGGUUGAACCAUUAUCAUUCAGAUAAACCUUAUAUUAAAUUAGAAAAUGAACUUAUGGUUAGUUUCAUCUCAUAAAACUCUCAAUAUAUCAAAUCUCCUUGUUUGAAUAUCGUCAGAGAAUAUUUGUAAUUGUCUGAGCGUCAGGCACCAUUCUGGUAAAACACCAUAACCGAUAGGAAAUAGCCAUAAAAGGCAUUAACUAGAUUAAAGAUUAAUGGUAUUGAGAGAGGAGUGAAAUUCUGUUUCCCUUCAAAUUACAUAUAAGAUGGUGAUAAUGAGAUUACAAACGAUGAUAUUCGUAGAACUCCAGUUAAGAGACCUGCUUUUACAAUUGAUUAAUAUGUUGAGUAUUUACCUCCUAAGAAUCCUUAAAGAUUGGACAAUCAAAUUAUAAAUGAUCCUGAAUUUACUUCAUUACUUAACAAAUUGUUGAUACCAAGCAAAUAAUUAGAAUUUUUAAUUGACAAAGUUGAAUUUUAGGAUAAUCUACGUAAUUUAGUUUAUAAUGAUCACGAAAUGUAUUUUUAUGUUUUGAAUUUCCCUAUGUUUUGGUAUGAAGAGAAGUUAAAUAAGGAUAAUUAAAUAUUCAUAGGAUUCUAAAUGGAAUUUGAACUAGGUAUCAUCUUCAUAAAAUCAGUACUAUUAUUUGAACCAAAACUAAUCAAUCAAGCAUUAGAUAUUUAUUUCAGAACAAUAAAUAAGUAUUUAGAAUCAGGAAAAGAAGGUGAAGGGGAACAAGAGGAAGAUUAAAAAGUUGAAGAUGACAAGACUGUAUAUGAUGAAGUUACAGUAAUGGAGACAGACAAUGAGCCUGAUUAGGAAGAAGAAAAUAAAGAUUCUAAUUAAGCUCCUUAAGUAUAAGAAGAAUAAUAAGAAUAAUAACAAGAAUAAGCUUAAUAAAUAGAAUAACAAAAAUAAUCAGCACCUCAAUUAGUAAGUUUACAAUAAGCUGACUAAAAAUUGGUUUCGGAUGAGUAGCAAGAAGAAUAAUAAUAAAACCCUGAUGGUCCUCCUAGAAUUUAGCCGCCUAAUUAAUAGAAAGAACCCUAAUAGUUGGUUUCUGAAAGAAAGAAAGCUUCUGAAACUGACACAAAGGAAAAUGUUCCAAAGACACCUGAACAGAAACCUGUUAAGAAAUAUAAACCUGUCAAAAAGCUAGUGGCAAGGCCUAAAGGACCCAAAGAUUAAAAUUUUGUUGAGCCAAAUAAGAGUUUAAGAAAACUAAUUAGAUAGGGUUGCAGUAGUUAAUAACAAUUCUAGAUUUUCUUAUAAUUGAUAUUAUUUGCAACAACUAGUGAUGACAUAUUUAGAUUGAUACAGAACUAUUUGAUUAAAUUUUAAGUUAUAAGUUCCCCAUAAAUUCCAAAGGAAAUUGAUCCUGUAAUAAAGGCUAGAUUAUUAAAAGAUGGAUUUAAGGAACCAUUCAAUUUGUAAUUUGUAGAAUAAGCAGAAUUGAGAUUCAAGGAGUUGAAAUAACAACAAAUUGAAGAUAUUAAACAUGUGAAGGAUGUAUUAACAUAGAAUGAAUCUAAAAGACAUUCUGAGUCAAGUGAAGUUUAUUAAGCUUUAAUUGGAUCUCUACUUUAAGUUCGAUUUGAAGAUUAUCAAAUAUACAUUGACAAAUUGAUGGAUAAUGCUGCUUAUAAAUGUUUAUCGAAAUAUAAGAAAUCAGUAGCAGCAUAUUCAUUAGAAAAAGAUCAAAAGUUGUAAGUGGAAUUAAUCAAAUACUUCUCCAAACUAACAACCAAAACAAUAAGUGGAGAUUUCUUACAAAAAUUCUUUGAAAAUAAUAGAGCAAAUUAAAAUCAAUAGCCAUUCACAAAUGACAAAUGGAUCAAUAUUAUCUGCAUUUUUAACUAUUGUAAACAGAUAUUAAAGCAAACUAGAAAAUUUUAAGAGUCCGUCUACAUAGAAAGAUAAAAAUUAGAAUAAAAGGUUACAACUUUGGCAUAUUACAAAGAAGAUAAAUUUGUGAAUCCUGACUUCUUAGUAAAACCUAAAUUCCACUAUAAAUUAAAGGUAACUAAUAAAUUAGAACCUAUCAUCUAUGAAUACAAGAGAGAAAUUGUUGAAGUUAAAAUUAAAUAAAAGAAAUAAGAAGAUAAUCAAUAAGAUAAUUAAUAAGAAAAUUAAGAAAAUAAUUAAGAAAAAAAUUAAUACGAUAAUUAAGAAGACAAUUAAUAAGAUAAUUAAGAAAUUUAAUAAAACGCUGAAUUGAGCAGAUAGCCAGCUAUUAAUGGCCGAAAUGAGGAAGAUCAAAAUCAAAAUUCUCAAAAACCUGAGGGUGAAAAUAAAGGGAAUUAAAAUGAUGAUUAACAAGCUACUGAAAAAAAAAAUCAAGAAACCUUCUAUUUUGAAGUCACUUUAAACAUCUAGAAAGGCACAGCUCCUAAUAAUCCUUACCCUGUACCUCAAUUAUACUAGAAGAAUGUUGAAGAAGUUGUCAAAUGCAUAGAUACUCUUUAUUAUGAAAAUUACUUGGAACACAUCAAUAAUUUAUGUUCCUAUCCACAAUUCAAGGUGGCUUAAUUGAGUGGAUCAGACAAUAUUGAUUACAUCUAAUUGAAGACCAAAUUAACAAAGGAGAACUUUAGAGAAUAUUAAGAAUUGCAUUAUGCUUAAAACUUUUAUUUAGAUCAAACAAUAAUGAAUUUGGAAACUUACAAUCGUCUGUAUUGGGACCCAGAAAAAGGAAAUAAUCUUUCAAUAUUGAAAGCAUUAAGAGAUGGCAUAGUUUAGACUGAAAGCAAUGAUUUCGAAAAUCCUGUCCCAAUCUGUGAUUAAAUAUGGCAAUUGUAUAGUUCUAGAAUUAGACCAGAUAUCAAAUUGAAGUAUUAAGAUAAAUUAUAUCGUAAUCUUAUUUAAUAAUAUAUUUAGCUGUUCCAUACAGUAACUAUUAACCAAGAUAAAGAAAUACUUAGUAUAAAUAAAGCAUUCAAGUUGAUCAAUCAUUCCCAGAACUAUAUCCAAUUGUUAAUUUAUAAGUCUAUUAAUACAUUCCUGAUAUUAUGACUGAGGAGCAAUUUAAUUAAAAAUAUGAUCAAUUGUCAAUAAUCUAAUAAGCUUGUGUAAGAAAUACAAUUAAUUUUAGUAUGAUUUGAAUUCUUAUGCAUAAUCAUUGGAUGACUUCGUCACUCAAUCACCAAGUGAAGAGGAAUUGCAAAACUUGAGGGAUGUGGCUCCAUAAGUAGUUUCAUGGCCAUUAAUCAGAACCAAAGCAAAGAGAGAUAAAGGAUAAACAGAAGAAUAUAAAAUUACUCACUCCCCAGAAGCACAUCCACUCUAUAUGAUUGAAUAUUUAUUCAGUAAAGUCCAAAUCCAGUUGAGCCAUCAACUCAAAUUCACAUUUAAUGUGUUGUCAUUCACUGAGAUUAUUCUAUUUAAAUUAACCAGAAUACUUCAAUAACAUACAGGAAAAAGUAAUUAGCAAUUUGAUUUAUUUUAGGAUGCAGAUUGUCAACUACUACAAGCAUGUUGAGUGAAUGGGCAUUAUUGAAGAAGAUCUUAUUGAAGAUUGGAGAUUUAAUAGUGGAGAAUGAAUUGGAUAAGUUUAGAUUCUAUUAUGUUGAAAUUAAUGAAGUUCAUUAAAAUUCUGUAAAAUUCAUUAGUAAUUAUUUAUAGGUGUUCCCAAUCAAAUCAAAUAAAUUAGAAGGAUUGGAUGCUAUCUUCAGAUUUGGUUAAACCUAAUUCUAUGUUCAUUCAAAUGUUUUGAUCAUUAGAUUGAAUGUAGCUGUCGUUUCAGAGAAUGCUUCCACUUUGAUCGCUUAAAGGAAUAUUAAAUUGAAGUCUAAUGAAUUAUGUCCAUUACUAUUUAAGGAAGACAAAGAACUUAGAGUAAUUAUUUAUUCAAUUUUAUAGGGUUAUAUGAAUUAUAUAAUAACUUUGGAGGAUAUGCUUAAGUAAAUAUUUACCAAAAAGUGAU